AUGUGUGUGUAUGUGUGUGCGUGUGUGGACAGGUUUCUUGCGCUUCUUGUACUUCUGGUGAUGAUAGAUGGUGGAUUCUCGGUACAGGAAUUGGCUCAGGCUUUUUUUUUUUCACAUCGAUUUCAGUUUGGGCUUUCCCUAUGCAUUCAUUAUAUUGUGAUUGCAUUGAGCUUUGGAAAUUUUUCAUACUCUUCGAAAUCAUAUAUAAUAAGUUACAAUGUGAGUUAUUCUCUCCUUCCUGGUUGUUGGUGUAAGCAUCAUUUAACUAGUCCCUUUUUUUUAAAGUUAUUUAAUAUAUAUUUUUAUUUUGUCCCAAACACCAAGAAGUAA